AAGGGGGAGGGGGGCGCGCCCCCCUCGGCGGCCGCGGCCAUGCCCCGCGCUCGAACCCCGCGGGAGGCGAGGCAAGAAGAGGGGAGCGUCCGCACGACGCGGGUGGCGACGUCGUCGAAGUGUGUCAGCAAAGUCGACCUGCUGCCCGCGAUCCUGAAGCCUUUGCCCGAGGACUACCUCGACAGCCACGACGACGUGUUCGAGGAUCGGGGACAUCCGCUUCGUGUACGAGAGCGAGCCCAAGCCACCCAAGGACCUGGGGACCUCUGGGACUCCGAGGACGCGACGCUGCUCGAGCUGGCGAAGUGCCGGGCUUUCGUGCGCGUGGUGGACCUGGACCCCAAGAAGGGCACGUACCGAUUGCGGACGAUGAAGUGCAUGUGGGUCUUCCGCACUCUCAAUUCGAGGGAGGAGGCCGAGAUUGCUCUGCGAGGUGUUCCUGGAGUUCGAAUGCCAGGCCUCGUCGUGACAGUUGAGGAGAGCAGGAUAUGGAAGGACAUGUCGUGCGACUACUCCUCGGCAGCCACAACGAGCAAGACAUUGUGCUGGAGAGGCAUCACUUUAAUGUCGCUUGAUGGGUUUAAAUCGUUCAACAUGGCGGAUUUCCCAUACGACAGACAUACCCUGCAGCUGGAAAGGAUGGAGUUUGUCUGGCGAACUCACAAGGACGACGACGAUUAUUUCAAGGCCAUGAGGCUCGUGUCUUUCGAAGUGCGCACUUCGUCGAUGCUUCCUGAGUGGCAGGCAUUUCCCCCUUACAUCCGGCAGCUUAACGAGACCCUGGUGGACGGUGGCAGAGCUGGUAACCAACGCGCGCCGACGUACGCGUCGAAGUUCACGGUUCACCUCCGGCUUCAACGCAAGCAUCAUUUCUAUUUGUGGCAGGUUUUUCUUGUUUCAUAUUUGAUCGUUUUAUUGUCUGUCUCGCCGCUGAGCAUGCCCCCCAAUCCCGACACCUUGGCGGAACGCAUCGGUCUGUACAGCGCAGGGAUGCUCACACUUGUGGCUUUUAAGUACGGGGUGUCAGACCACCUCCCAUGCGUGCCAUAUUUGACUUAUGCUGAUUAUUUCUUGCUUGGUGGGGUUGUGACUAUAUUCGUCUGCUCCGUCGCAUCGUUGUACCCUUGGAGAUUCGCGGGGGAGAGUGAAUGGAAGAAAUGGAUUCUUGAUGUCGUGGAAAAUAUCACAGGCCUCUGCAUUCUUCUAGCAUGGACCGUCGCUCUGCUGUACACGUGGUUCAAGAAGCCCCAGAAGAGGGUACACUGGCGGAACGUGCUGGCGCAAGACUUGGAAAACAUGGACCCUUUUGGGAGGGAGGAGAGAGAGGACCUUGACCGGGAAGAAGGGGCCAACAAUGAGCGCAGCGGCGUCUGGGGCAAACUGCUCGACACGGGGGGAGGUCUCAGCAAGAGGGGAUACCUCUUCGGCGGCCCGUCGCCCACGAGGGCCGUCGCCGCGCCCGAGCGCGAGGUGCCGCAGGCCCCCGUGGAGGAGUGGACCGUGCGGCAGGUCGCCGUGUUCAUCUCCGGCCUGGGGCUCGGCCACUGCCUCCACCACUUCCGAGAGAACGCGGUCGACGGCCGGAUGCUGGACGGGCUGGGGCAGAGGGACCUGGAGAGGGAGCUGGGCCUGCGUCCCCUCCAGGCAAAGAAGGUGCUUGCGGAGCUGAGCAGGCUGAAAGCGGCACGCGGCACCGGCAAGAGCACACCAAACGCGGCCUAGCGCGGCAGCGGUGGCCGGGGCACAUCGUUCGCAUGCUGUCGGUUGCGCUUUGCCGACUUCCAUGCCUUUGUUGGAGUGUGGUCGGUGCGGGCUUACAGGGAUGAGUUGAUUUACGACAAAGGGUUGGAUGGAGCGCGCCCCCCGAAAAGCGGGCGCCGAGCCGCUGGCGGCCGGUGCUCUGUGCAUGCGUCGGAUUCUGGCCGCUCCUAGGUCGCCGUUGCAAGUGAUCCUGGAAGAUGCAGCGCCAGGGCGGCGACCAUCAUUUCGCAUCACUGCGCGACGAAUCCAUUCCGGCAUGCGCGGGGCGAGAUCGAGAUAAGCCGCAGGCCCCCUCCUGACUGGACUCCCGCCGUAUUGCUCGCAAGCCCUUAGACAUUCAUUCGAGAAGCGGGGAUGACCAAGCACACUCUUGUGUCUGUGUCUGGUCAUUUCUCUUGAUCCUGGGCCCUCUUUGAACUGCCUGAUGGAAUUUUCACGCGUCCCGGAGCGGACGGUCACCCUGGCACCUUCUGGUGGACCUCCCCCCUCCCUCCUCCAGACUGGCCAGUCUCACGCCGAGGGCUCCCCGAGGGGGCCAGCGAGUUCUCACCAGGCCUGCGGGAUAUCGAUCCUACUCGCUGACAAGGUGUUGGCACGCUCCGCUGGCAGCAGUCAGAUUUGUAUGCUAAGCGGCGCGAGUUGAGGCGUGCCCUCGCCGAUGUGCGAGCUUUCCGCCUCACAUGCCCCCGUUGCCACCUUUGGUAUUUUAGGAGGCGCGGGCCUUGUGUGUAGAUGGAAGGCCCGCGCCUUCCAUCAAGCAGUGUUUCGAGAA